AUGGAGGGAUCAGGAUACUUCUUUGAACUUACAGCAAAGACUGAAAGAUGCAAUCUCAAGUUGCAAUCUUUUACAAAGAACAUCCAAAGCAGGGUUGAUAGACCUCCUUCAGAAGGGUUUCUUCUAGUUCCCAGGAAGUUCUUUGGUGCUAACGGAGGCAUCACCAUGGAUCUAUGCAUAUGGCCUGAGGGGGAACGAGAACACGUAGGGCAUAACAAAAACACAAGAAGGAGAAAGGGAGAGGGAAAGAGAGAGAUGGUGGAAAACUCGGUGCAUGGAGAAGCGGAUGUUUCUGCGUCCAAUUCUUUGACACUAAUCAACCCAAAACUGCUUGAUUGA